AUGUCUCAGCCGUUCGACGAGAAGACCAACGCUUUCCUGCAGUGGCUCAACCAUUGCGGGGCGGAAGUCAGUAACAAGAUCGAGUUGCAGGACCUGAGACAGUUCAAGGAGGGACGGGGCGUGGUUGCCACCGCGGAGAUCGAGGAGGGCGAGACGCUGUUCCGGAUCCCUCGCUCGUUAGUACUGACGGCGGAGAAUUCGAAGCUGGUUCAGGACCACAGAGCAGUAAUUGAAGACUUUAACGAUGAACCGUGGGCCAUGUUGAUCCUGGCGAUGACAUACGAGUACUUCCGCGGCCGUGACUCGCCGUGGUUCCCGUACCUCAGCAUUCUCCCAACCGAGUUCAACACCCUCAUGUACUGGUCCGACCACGAACUCGCGGAGCUGCGAGGCAGCACGGUACUUCAGCGCAUCGGCAAAAAGCAAGCUGACGAGGACUUCCUCGGGCGAAUGAUCCCACUCAUGCUACAACAUGCGGAGGUGUUCUUCAACGUCCAGCCUGGCGAACCCAUCCCCAUGAUGCCCGACCAUCUCCUUGCCCUCCUGCACCAGUUCGCUUCGACCAUCAUGGCGUACGCGUUCGAUCUAGCCUCACCGGAGACGGGCGAGGCCGACGAAGACGGGUACGUCAGCGACCCAGACGAGGCGGAUUGCCCCAAGGGGCUGGUGCCGAUGGCGGACAUGCUGAACGCAGACGCGGACCGUAACAACGCCAACCUCAUGAGCGAGCCGGACUUCCUCGAGAUGAAAGCGAUCAAACCGAUCGUCCGCGGGGAGCAGAUCUUCAACGACUACGGCCCGCUCCCGCGCUCCGAGCUGCUGCGUCGAUACGGCUAUAUCACCGAUAACUACGCGAUCCACGACGUGGUGGAAAUUCCCAGCGACGUCAUUAUCGCGGCGUUCCACACGUUGCGCCCCGGCACCGCGAUGCACCAGGAUGUCCUCGGCCUGGUAAGUUCUCGGCUCCACCCAAAGAAAACACCAAACUGA